AUGUUGACCAAAGGCAGGUUGUAAAUUGUUCACUGCGGCCUUAUUUGAGAUUCCCAACAACUGGACACUGCCCAAGUGCCCAUCCGCAGGAAAUUGGAUUGAUGGGUGGCAGUGGGUCCACCACAAAGAGAAAGGACGAUCCACUGCUGGGUGACCAGGAUGGACGCAUCCUCUGGUUGAGUGGAAGAUUCAGUGUUGAAUGAGAGAAGCCAGACACAAGAGAGAAUGCUCUCUGACUCCCCUGAGGAAGAAGGCCUAUGGGCUCCCCAGCAUCGUUCCCAUCAACCACAGGAUGGCCGCCGGGCACUGAGCGCACUCCAGCCCAGGGACACACAGCUUCCCCGCCUCCCCUGUCCAGGCCACCGCCUCCCUUGGACUUUCUCAAACUCCACCCUUUCCCCACCCUCCGCCGAGAGGCAAUGCUGAGGAUCCUGGAUAGAUCCUGGAUAGAUCUGGCCGCAGGCUGGAUCCUGGAUAAAUCUACCCCAGGCUGACAGGGAAGACCAAGCUGGGCACAGGCAUUCAGAGCCCCGUGGAUUCCGGUGGGGCAGAGAGGCGUCUGGAGGAGGAGACCUGAGAGGUUGUGCCUUGGGGAGAGAAAGGAGGCAUCGGAUGCGGAGCAUCUGCUUGUGCAAGAUCUCCGGGCUCUCGGCAGCAGAGUCAUCACUACCAAGCUCACUCAUCACUACCAGCCUCUCGGGGGGCGGCGGGGCGCGGAGACCCCGGCGCGGGACUACGAUUCCCAGCAUGCCGCGGGGGGGCGCGUGCGCACUGCGGCCAGUGAUGGAGCGCUGACGGGGGGCGCGGCGGCGGCGGCGAGGGCUCGGCGGGCCAUUGGCUCGUGGUCGCGGCGAAGGCAGCUUGAGGACUCGGACGGCGAGCGGGGCCCGCGGGCCGGGCCGGGCCGACCUGGGCUGCAGCCAUGGAGGACCAGAGGGAGGCGCUGCGGAAGAUCAUCACGACCCUGGCUGUGAAGAACGAAGAGAUUCAGAGCUUCAUCUACUCCCUCAAGCAGAUGCUGCUGAACGUGGAGGCAAACUCCACCAAGGUGCAGGAGGACCUGGAGGCAGAGUUCCAGUCCCUCUUCUCCCUCCUGGAGGAGCUGAAGGAGGGCAUGCUCAUGAAGAUAAAGCAGGACCGCGCCAGCCGCACCUAUGAGCUACAGAACCAGCUGGCGGCCUGCACUCGGGCCUUGGAGAGCUCAGAGGAGCUUCUGGAGACAGCCAACCAGACCCUGCAGGCCACAGACAGCGAGGACUUCCCUCAGGCUGCCAAGCAAAUCAAAGAUGGUGUGACAAUGGCCCCUGCCUUCCGGCUAUCAUUGAAGGCCAAGGUCAGCGACAACAUGAGUCACCUCAUGGUGGACUUUGCACAGGAACGGAGGAUGCUACAGGCACUCAAGUUCCUACCAGUGCCUGGCGCCCCUGUGAUUGACCUGGCCGAGUCCCUGGUGGCAGACAACUGUGUGACGUUGGUGUGGCGCAUGCCGGAUGAGGACAGCAAGAUUGACCACUACGUGCUGGAGUACCGGCGGACCAACUUCGAGGGCCCGCCCCGCCUCAAGGAGGAGCAGCCCUGGAUGGUCAUUGAGGGCAUCCGGCAGACGGAGUUCACCCUGACGGGUCUCAAGUUUGACAUGAAAUACAUGAACUUUCGCGUGAAAGCCUGUAACAAGGCAGUUGCAGGCGAGUUCUCCGAGUCGGUGACCCUGGAGACACCAGCGUUCAUGUUCCGCCUGGAUGCGUCCACAUCUCACCAGAACCUGCGGGUGGACGAUCUCUCCGUGGAGUGGGACGCCAUGGGCGGGAAGGUGCAGGACAUGAAGACUCGGGAGAAGGACGGCAAGGGGCGGACGGCGUCUCCUGCCAACUCCCCGGCCAGAGGUGUGCCAUCCCCCAAGAGGAUGCCCUCCGGUCGUGGGGGUCGGGAUCGCUUCACGGCUGAGUCCUACACGGUGCUGGGGGACACACUCAUCGACGGUGGGGAACAUUACUGGGAGGUGCGCUACGAGCCGGACAGCAAGGCUUUCGGCGUGGGGGUGGCGUACCGCAGCCUGGGCCGCUUCGAGCAGCUGGGCAAGACGGCCGCGUCCUGGUGCCUGCACGUCAACAACUGGCUGCAGGUCAGCUUCACCGCCAAGCACGCCAACAAGGCCAAGGUGCUGGAUGCCCCCGUGCCCGACUGCCUGGGCGUGCACUGCGACUUCCACCAAGGCCUCCUGUCCUUCUACAACGCCCGUACCAAACAGCUGCUGCACACCUUCAAGGCCAAGUUCACACAGCCCCUGCUGCCUGCUUUCACAGUGUGGUGCGGCAGCUUCCAGGUGACGACAGGCCUACAGGUUCCCAGCUCUGUGCGCUGCCUGCAGAAGCGAGGCAGUGCCACGAGCAGCUCCAACACCAGCCUCACUUAGGCCACUGGACUGCCCCCACCCUGUCCGGCUGAUUUUGGGGAGGCCCCUCCCACCCCCAGGCCUUGGUUGUUUCAGCCGGCACUCUCUUCUCACUUGCUGCUUGGAGCCUUAACUCCUGAUUGGGGGGGGUCACCAAUGGGGAGUGGGCACCAGGGCGGGCCCUCGUCCCCCACCUCACCUCCUAAUAAAGGUCAAUCACUGGCCAGGCCGUGCUGAUGGUUCUUUGGGGCUGGGUGGCACUGACUGUG